AUGUGUGCAGUGGAGCAGGCAGCUCUCGUAGUCAGGAGUUUUCUCCCCAGCCCAGCAGGGGCUCUGGAAAGUCCCUCCCCAUGUGGUCUCAGCCCCUUGUGUGCACUGGGGGUGACAGCUCUGGCCCUCUCUUGGCAGGUCUUGGGGCAUAAGUCCAGAAGGGGCCACGGUGGGCAGCUGGUUUCCUGGAGGGCAUAAGACUCCAGGCUUCCUUGGACAGCUUCAGGGUUUCUGAUGACAUCACUGGUUGGGAGAAAUAGGCUUUCCAUACCCAUGUUCCAUCUUCUCUUUGCCGCUCAUGCCCUUGGCCUAGCUGCAGCUGCACAGAAGGCCGUGCUGACCCUGGACCCUCCCUGGAGCACCGUGUUUGAGGGGGACAGCGUCACUCUGACGUGCAGGGGGCCCCGCUUUCCUGGAUCAAACCUCACACUUUGGUAUUUCAAGGACAAGCUCUGGAAAUCUACCUACAAAAAGACCCUCCUAAUUAAAGAUGCAGAAGAAACACAGACAGGCAAAUAUGAGUGCCAGAUAUAGGGCUCCCCACGCAGCAACCCGGUCCAGCUGACUGUUUCCAAGGACCAGCUGAUUCUUCAGGCCCCUCCUUACGCAGUAUUCGAAAGGGACCUGCUGGUUCUCAAAUGCCGUGGGCGGAAAGACAGAAGCAUGUCUAAGCUCAGGUAUUAUAAAGAUGGAGCAGGCAUUACAUCGCGCAGUGUAAAUUCAGAGCUGUCUAUUCCAGAAGCAAGUACAAGUGACAGUGGCACAUAUCAAUGCAAAGGACAAAUGGACAGUGCUGACUUUCCUUCCGUAAUCACGUCUUCUGAGGUGCCCAUUUUUGUCCAAGAGCUGUUUUCAACACCCGAGCUGAGGGUGGCCGGCUCAGCUGAAGCCAUAGAAGGAAACCCACUGACCCUGCAGUGUGUCACGCAGCCCAACCCCCUGAAAUCAGGCCUACAGCUUCAGUACUCCUUCUACAAGAACAGCACGAUCCUGAGAGAGCCAACGAGCUCCCCUGAGUACCCGAUCCCAGACGCGGGGCUGGCGGACUCGGGACCCUACUCCUGUGUGGUGCAGGCGGUGACCUCAAGUGAUGAGAAAUGGAGCCUGAAGCUAGACGUCGAGGUUAAACGAGUCCCCGUCUCCGGAGUCACCCUGAGGGUGCAGCCCCACCAUGGGCAGGUGGUGGCAGGGGAGCGGCUGAUGCUGAGCUGCUCCGUGGCUGCGGGCAUGGGGCCUCUCGCCUUCUCCUGGCACAGGGAGGGCUCUGGCCUGGCUCUGAGGACAGAGACUCUGCGCUCACAGAGGAUGGACUACGAGAUCCCUGCUGCCAAGGAGAGUGAUGCCGGGGAGUAUUACUGCGCUGCCUCCAAUGGCCACGUCCCGGUCCUGAGCCCACAGGUGACGGUCACAAUGAGGGGGGACAGGACGGCCCAGCUGGUUUUGGGUGUGACUCUCGGUGUCCUGUGCCUGGUCGGUGCUGCUGCAGCUGCCGUGUUGUAUGCCAGGCACCGGCAGAAAGCGGAUCAGAGAUUUUUCAUGGUCAGGAUGAGGAGCAGUCCAGAGCCAGCGCAGCAGGACCCCCUCACCCAAAGUCUGCCUUCCCUGGCUGCUACGGAGCCCGAUGAACCAGAGCCACCAUACAAAAAUAUGUCCCCCCAGGAGCAGGGCAGUGGAGACGUGGUCUAUUCUGUUAUCAGCAUUGAGGAAGGAGGCGGGGGCAGGCACAUGGAAACCCCCCUGAGGGAGAAUCCCCAAGCUCUCCCCGGAUUUGUCAGCUGAAACAGGGGCCUCUGCAAGGGAAGGCCGGCCCACAAAUGGCAUUUAUGAGAACGUGCCCCACCUGUAACCUGCAUGGACCCCAGCACGGCCCCUCGGUGCCUGGAGCACCUGGGCUGACCAGCAACUCUUGGCUCCCCGCUUGGCCUGUAGCAGAGCGUGCAGGGCAUGAGGCUGGGACCAUGGGAGCCGCUGCCCAGCCCGGUGCUUCUGAGCCGUGAAGGGACGCGGUAGUGACUGGAGGCUGCAGCUCUGUAUUGGGCAGCUGCUGCCGGCGCCAGGAACAAGGACCCAAUGGCUGCGGCUGAGUCACUGAGAGGGGCAGCCGGCUGAGUGAGGGGUCCUGGCCUGGGGGAGCGGGGCCAGACAGCAGCCCUGAUCUGCUGUAAUCCUUGGGGUGGGGCCGUGACUCUCAGGAUCCCACCCCAGAGGGUGCUGGCCUGGCUGUUGUGACCACGGGAUAUUCAAUAAAGACUGAAUUUGCUG